AUGGUCUUGAUUCCUAAAACUUCUCGUGUGGCUUUGCAAGCUGCUACACGCUUUGCCUCUGUUAGAGGUCUAGCUACUGCUGCUCCUUUGGCCGGUAAGGUUAGAGCUGUCAUUGGUGCUAUUGUGGAUGUGCAAUUCGAGCAAGAAAACUUGCCUGCUAUUUUGAACGCUUUGGAGAUUGAGAGACCAGGUGGUAAAUUGGUCUUGGAAGUUGCUCAACAUAUGGGUGAAAACACUGUGAGAACCAUUGCUAUGGAUGGUACCGAAGGUUUGGUCCGUGGUGAAAAAGUUUCUGACACUGGUGCUCCAAUUUCUGUCCCAGUUGGUCCAGAGACUUUGGGUAGAAUUAUCAACGUUAUUGGUGAGCCAAUUGACGAAAGAGGUCCAAUCAACUCUAAGGAGACUAGACCAAUUCACGCUGAACCACCAUCUUUCGUUGAACAAUCCACUAAUGCUGAAGUUUUGGAGACUGGUAUUAAAGUUGUCGAUUUGUUGGCCCCUUACGCUAGAGGUGGUAAGAUUGGUUUGUUCGGUGGUGCCGGUGUCGGUAAGACCGUUUUCAUCCAAGAAUUGAUUAACAACAUCGCUAAGGCUCACGGUGGUUUCUCCGUGUUCACUGGUGUCGGUGAAAGAACCAGAGAAGGUAACGAUUUGUACCGUGAAAUGAGAGAAACUGGUGUUAUCAACUUGGAAGGUGAAUCCAAGGUCGCUUUGGUUUUCGGUCAAAUGAACGAACCACCAGGAGCUAGAGCUAGAGUCGCCUUGACCGGUUUGACCAUUGCUGAAUACUUCAGAGAUGUCGAAGGUCAAGAUGUCUUGUUGUUUAUUGACAACAUUUUCAGAUUCACCCAAGCUGGUUCUGAAGUGUCUGCUUUGUUGGGUCGUAUUCCAUCUGCUGUCGGUUAUCAACCAACUUUGGCUACCGAUAUGGGUUUGCUACAAGAAAGAAUUACUACCACUAAGAAGGGUUCUGUUACUUCUGUGCAAGCCGUUUACGUGCCAGCCGAUGAUUUGACUGAUCCUGCUCCAGCUACCACUUUCGCGCAUUUGGAUGCUACCACUGUGUUGUCCAGAGGUAUCUCUGAAUUGGGUAUUUACCCAGCUGUCGACCCAUUGGAUUCCAAAUCUAGAUUGUUGGACGCCGCUGUUGUUGGUCAAGAACAUUACGAUGUUGCUACCAAGGUUCAAGAAACUCUACAAGCUUACAAGUCUUUGCAAGAUAUCAUUGCAAUUUUGGGUAUGGAUGAAUUGUCUGAAGGUGACAAAUUGACCGUCGAAAGAGCAAGAAAAAUUCAAAGAUUCUUGUCUCAACCAUUCGCCGUCGCCGAAGUUUUCACCGGUAUCCAAGGUAAGUUGGUUAGAUUGAAGGACACCAUUUCUUCUUUCAAAGCUGUUCUUGAUGGUAAGUACGAUCAUCUACCAGAAAAUGCCUUCUACAUGGUUGGUGGUAUUGAAGAUGUCGUCGCCAAGGCUGAAAAGAUGGCCGCUUCUGAUUAG